AUGAUGCCGGCAGCGUCCUCGGGCUCGCGGGGCAAGCCCGUGAAGCGCGUCAAGUCAGGAACAGAGACGACAAAAUCGCAUCGGUUCGAGCCGUUCACUCAACGCAUCGCGAAACUGAAGAUCGACCCAAUCCACCGCGUCCGCCGGCCGAGUUUUGGAGAGGAUGCAGACGAGACUUCGUCGCAUUUCCGGUCGGCGUACGAUCACUGGGUCGAGCUCAAUCUGUCGGAGAACUUCGUCGCUUUUGCACGUCGGGUGAACCCGCUGUCGGAGAGUCUCGCGCAGAUUCUAUACCAUGAGGAGAAAAUUAUGGCGUUGCUGAUGGAGUUCAUCGAAAAGAGGGAUCCCUUGUGUAUGGAGCCACUGUUGACGCUUCUGGCGCAAUUUGCAAGGGAUUUGGGCGUCCGAUUCGAGAGGCACUUCGCCGCGGCGGUCACGCUCGUGGCGUCUGUCGCCGCGACUCACAGCGAUGUCGAGGUGGUGGAAUGGAGUUUCACCUGUCUCGCAUGGAUCUUCAAGUUUCUUUCACGCCUUCUGGUGCCGGACUUGACACAACUGCUCGGAAUCAUGACGCCCUAUCUGGGUAAGGAGAAGCAAAAAACCUUCGUUGCACGAUUUGCCGCCGAGUCGAUGUCCUUCCUGAUCCGUAAGGCGGCCUUGGUCUACCAUAAGAACAAGGUGCCCCUCGAGCGCGCCGUGUCAUUCCUCCUGCGUGAUUUACGAGAAACAGCAGAUGUCAAGGAUGUGCAUCUAUACAAGGCUGGGCUCAUGGCUAUGUUCUCGGAUGCCAUGCGUGGUAUCAAGGGUGCGUUGCAUUCGAAUGCUACAGAUAUUCUCGGUUGCCUCCUGGCGAGUGCUCCUUCGGAUGACGGCCAGCAGUUUGAUCUGGCAGUGGAGGUUGUUAGUGGCAUUAUUAUCAACACCAUUCAUAAUACACCCGCCACUACCUUCGCUCCUAUCCUGGAAUCGACUCGACACUACAUCGAGUCCCAGACCAAAAAGGCAAAGAAGCAACAGAUCGAGCUCGGCUGCCGUCUGAUGUUCGUGAUUAUCGGCACUCGGAAGGGCACAAGAGUCCGGGAUUGGAAGACUGUACAUGAGACCCUCUUGCUCCUGCUGCGCAAGGCUGCCACUGCCAUUGAGGCGUUCGAUAGAGCCUUGCCUCAGCUACUGACUACUAUUGCAUACGCCCUCCAAGUAUCUCCAAUGGACGAAAUGCUGCCAUUCAUGCGUCCAAUCAUGGAUGCUGUGGCUAAUGACAAGUUCUCGUCCCAUUUUCUCUCUUUCUGCGCGACCUUCUCAGAAUGGGGGUCUGAGAGAUUCCAUAACGUUGUUCUCCCAUAUUUCCAAAAGUUUAUCAAUGCUUCAUGGGAACAAAACGAGUAUGGGAUCUGCCUUACGUUACUGCGCUUGAAUCAAGCCGGUUGUAUAUCUUCUGAGCCGACAAAGCCCGGUUAUAUUACAUGCCCGCCAACAUGGAAGUCCCAUAUCAAAAGUCGGUUGAGUGCAACCCCUGGUUCAGGUCCAGCGGAGAUCGCUCUGAUCAAUGCAUACUCGAAGCUUCCCCAAGCUUUGGCCUUGCAUACUGACCCUUCUCUUAUCCCUGACCUGGUGCGCCAUCUGCACGAACAGCUUCUCGUUGCAUUUAAGAGCGAGGAAAGUCUAUCUGAUAGCAGCAAAGUAUUCUUCCAUGGGCAGGGAUUCAAGACCUACGUCGAAUUGGCUGUCCAAUCCGGGGAUCUUGAUACGACACUCUGGGGCUCCAUUACACUCGCUGCGGCAAAUUAUUCUCGCCUCCCUCUCUUCCUUGAUGGAGUCCUCACAUAUAUCUCUGCGUGUACCGAAGGCAUCAAUAUCCAGGAAUCAUCCAUCGAAGAGUUCGCCAACAGCCUCAUCACAAAUCUCGCGGGGCCGUCCCAUCAAUCACGAUUGCUAUCGCUGAAAAUUCUUCGAGAGCUUAUUGUUCGGGUACACAAAGAGGACCCUGAGCCUGUUGACCUUGCAAUCGAGGUCGAAGAAAGCCCGUUGACCUUGCAAUCGCACCGAACACUUGCGAUGCAUGUUCGCAAACUUGCAAUUCUGUACCCUCAAGUCUCCUCUCGCAAAUGGAUGGCCACACUGAUCCCCCAUUUCUGUUUCGGAUUGUUCUCUAAAAAGAUGACACCUCUCUGGGAUGAUGCCGCUGCUGCUUUGAAGUCGAUCAGCGAGCAUACCGCUGGGGAGAAGCUCGUCUCGGACAUGGCAAUCCAAUGGCUUCAAGAAACGUCGACUGGUCUUGCAAAUGACGAAACAGCCGACAACAACAGCAAUAAUUAUGUAUCUGGAUAUUUUGAGUGUUUCAAUCUUGCCAAAGUCGAAGAUAUCCAGUCCACAUUUUUCCAGAGCGGCAAUGACCCUGCUACAACCCUGACUCAAGAUUUCGAGAAAGAACACACCUUUACACAGAUUCUACCUGCAUCGCCUCGCACUCAAGCACUGUGCGUCCUCAAUGCAGCACCCGCUAUAGCUGAGAAGCGCUCUCGGCAGAUUGUCCCCCUGUUUCUCUCUUGGGCAUUGCGGGAGGAUGAGGAUGACAGCACCGAUCUCAAGGAUGGAACCCAUGUUACCUGGGGGUUCAGAGAUCGCAUGGCAAUGCUCACGCUGUUUGGUCAAUUUAUCAAUCCCAAAGUUCUUUUCAAAGCGCCCGAGGUGCACGAAGCACUCCUCGGGCUCUUGAGUCACGGAAAUUCCGAGAUGCAAAAGCAUGCUCUGAAAGCCAUUUUUACUUGGAAGUCAGCAAGUAUUUCUCCCUAUCAGGAGAAUCUGUUGAACAUCCUCGACGAGUCGAGGUUCAGGGAUGAACUGGCCGUUUUCGUACAUACCGGCAGAGAGGACAGUGUUAUUGAGGAGGGUCAUAAGGCAGAAUUGCUUCCAGUACUUCUUAGGCUUCUUUACGGCCGAAUGAUCUCCAAGGCAGGCUCCAAUGCUGGCCAAGCAGGCCAGACUGGACGGCGGAAAGCCAUUCUCAGGACAUUGUCUCUCUUGUCUGAUGAGGACUUUGAGCUUUUCAUGCAGAUAUCCUUAGGCCCGUUUGCAAACAUUCGUUUGGUUCAGGACGCUAAGCUGGUAGAGCAAUGUUUCUCGCAGGAAAUCGCAAGUCCCAGAAGACAGACUGGUAUGUUGAAGUUGAUCGAGACUGUUUUUGAGACCCUCAAGACCCGCAUGCUUCCAUACGCCCAACAGGCAAUGGAUGCUACAGUUUACUGUCUUGUACGAGCAUGCCGCGCCAUCGAGAAAGCACAGUCAGCAGAAUCAUCUGAUCAUCAAGAUGAUAAGAUGCUGAACAUCUUGAAAAGUGUUCGCCAGUCAUCCAUUCAUUGCCUGGAUCUGAUAUUCUCUAUUUCACCCGGCCAGGACUGGACGCCGUAUCUCCAAACUAUUUUCACAGAAGCGAUCGAUCCGAGAAUGGAAAAUUUUGCCAUUGAAACUGCACAGGGAAUCUCGGGUCUUUUACGACUCUUUCAUACCUGGGCUUCUGCGCCUAGCUCAUCCUUCUACCUUGUUAGAUUUAACAAGGCUCUCCUCACCAAGGUUACCGAUUGUCUUGGAGUAGAAUCUGCUCGAGAUGAAGUCAAGAUUUUCGUCAUGGAUGAGAUCCUGGUUCCAAUUGUCGGGCUCGCUAGCGGGAAGAGGCUACAGGAGCAAGAAGAAAUGGCAGACUUCUCUGCUGAGGAGAUCCGCACCGAAGUCUUGUCUCCCUAUGUCGAGCAUAUUCUCUUCCACCUAAGUCGCUUGCUCAAGCGUGGCCCUUCGCGACCUCUCCUUGUCUCUGGUGUAGAGACCUUAUCUCUCGUGGCUCCUUGUGUGGAAUCCUCCCAGGAGACUUUCAGUUUGAUCAGCAUCACGACAUACCUCCUUCGUCAGCCUGCAGAUCGAGUUUCGCCCAAGACUAAAUCUGGCCUUUUGCGUAUUCUGGAACACUUUCUACCUCUGUACGAUACUAGCGCCGAUGUCUCGCUUACGGAGCAAGUAUUCGAUGCUGUUUCCUCCAUGUUUGAUUAUUUCAGAGAUGAGGUCAAUCGCGAGGUUCUUUCCAGGGUGUUCACUGCCUUUGCAAAGCAUGAUUCUAAACUUGUCGAGCCUGCAUCUUUGUGCGAAGACUUGAAUUCCAGAUCGGUAAAGAAGCUUGGACUGGAUUAUGAGCGACGCCUCCAGGCUUUCAGAAAGAUCAAUGAGGGUCUUUGGGAAGGGUUCAGUGCUCAGCAGUGGCGGCCUCUGCUUUACAAUAUGCUGUAUCAUGUCAAAGACGAGGAGGAACUUGCCAUACGAUCUAGCGCCUCGUUUGGGUUGAGACGGUUUAUGGAGAGAGCUGUGCUUCCCACAGCUAAUGAUUCCGAAGACUUUGAGAGUCUUGUCCAGGAUGUUCUGUUCCCUGCUCUUCAGCAGGGGAUGCGACAAAAGUCAGAGCUCAUUCGGGUGGAAUUUGUCACUGUCCUCGGAUACUUCGUCAAGAUUAACCCAACGAGAGUAGCUAUACAGGAUAUGCAUGUCCUGUUGGUUGGAGAUGACGAAGAAGCGUCGUUCUUCACCAAUGUUCUUCAUAUCCAACAGCACCGCCGGCUGCGGGCGCUGCGCCGCCUAGCUAGCGAGGCAUCCCAGGGCAGACUUCAAGCCUCGAACAUCAGUAACAUCUUCAUCCCUCUCAUCGAGCACUUUGUAUUUGAUCAAGAAGCAGACGAGAGCGCCCAUAAUCUUGUCGCCGAAGCAGUCAAUACCAUUGGCUCUCUUGGGGAGUGGUUGGACUGGAACCAAUUCCGAAACACUUUCCGCAGAUAUCGUGGUUACAUGCAGAGCAAGCCUGAUUUGGAGAAGAAUGUCAUCAGGCUUCUCGGCAAGAUGUCGGAUGCCCUUUCCAACGCUAUGGUCAAGUUCAAAGCAUCAUCGGGUGCUGAUGCUGCUGGUGAUGGAGAAGACGCGAUGGAGGUCGUGGAAACCGAUGCGCCGACAGAAUCUACUCUUGCCAAAUCGAUCCCUUCGACAGAGAAAGUCGUCAAGGAACUCACCUCCCAUUUCAUCCCAUUUUUGACGGAAUUCAUUCAUCACAAGGAGGAAUCAGCAAUGAGCCUGCGCUUGCCAGCUGCGGUCACUACUGUCAAACUUCUCAAACUUCUUCCCGAGGAUGAGAUGGGUAUUCGGCUGCAGCCGGUCCUACUAGACGUUUGCAGUGUUCUCAAGAGUCGAGUACAAGAAACCCGAGACACAGCGCGAAAGACUCUUAGCGACAUCGCCAUCAUCUUAGGCCCGGGGUAUUUCAGCUACAUUCUGAAAGAGCUCCGCAAUACUUUGGCACGAGGCUACCAGCUCCAUGUACUCUCUUUUACCGUCCACUCGAUUCUUGUCGCUACCACAGACGACUUCAAACAGGGAGAUUUGGAUUACUGUUUAGCGGAUCUGACCGCCGUUGUCAUGGAUGAUAUCUUUGGCGCUACCGGCCAAGAGAAGGAUGCCGAGGAAUAUGUGAGCAAGAUGAAGGAAGUGAAGAGCAGCAAGAGUUACGAUUCUAUGGAGUUGCUGGCAAAGAAUGCAACCGUGCGAUACUUGUCUCACUUGAUCCGCCCAUUGCAGGCCCUGCUUCGUGAAAAGCUCACCUCAAAUAUUAUCAAAAAGGCAGAUGAACUACUGAGGAGAAUUGGAAUCGGUCUUUUGAGAAACCCGGGCGCCGAGAGCAGAGAUCUGCUUGUGUUCUGCUACGAAGUGAUCAAGGAGUCCUAUCAGGACCCGAACAAUGCGGAGGCGCAAACUAAGUUAACAGCAGCAGAGGAGCGUUUCUUGAUAAAACUGAGAGGACCGAAACGAGGCCAAAGUCGAGGCUCGACCACGUCGUAUGCUUACAAACUGACACGUUUCUCCCUUGAUGUUCUUCGAUCGAUUUUGAACAAGUUCGACUCUCUUCUUACAGCAAACAAUGUGGCCGGUUUCCUUCCCAUAAUUGGUGAUUCCAUGGUUCAGGCACUUGAGGAGGUGAAGAUCUCUGCUCUCCGAUUAUUGUCAACUAUCAUCAAGCUUCCGUUGGCUGAGAUUGACAAUAAUUCUCAUGUCUAUCUUACGGAGGCUGUUAAGAUGAUCAAAGAAGCCCCUAGCACGAAUACGGAAGGUGCCCAGGCAUCGCUGAAGCUGAUCGCGGCCAUGAUUCGCGAAAGGAAGAGUACGCAGCUUAGAGACGGACAUCUGGCCUACCUUCUCAAGCGCCUGGCAUCGGAUAUCGAAGAGCCGGACCGACAGGGGGUGACAUUCAAUUUCAUCCGGGCUGUCAUGGCUCGGAAGUUUGUCGUUCCGGAAAUGUAUGAGCUGGCAGACAAUAUCGCCGCUAUGAUGGUCACAAACCAAACACGCUCGGCGAGAGACCUAGCGCGUGGUGUAUACAUUCACUUCUUGAUUGAAUACCCGCAGGCUAAGAACCGCUGGACUAAACAACUAAGCUUCCUGGCCAAGAACCUGGAGUAUAAGCAUCCGGAAGGACGCCAGUCUGUGAUGGAAGCAUUGCACAUGCUCCUAGCCAAGACCGGUCCGGAAUUGGCGCAAGAUAUCGUUGGGACAUUUUUCUUACCCAUUGUUCUUGUCAUGGCCAACGAUGACGCUCCGGAGUGUAGGGAAAUGGCCGGUGCUUUGCUUGGAGAGCUUUACAACAGAGCAGACAAGGAGCAAAUGAAGACUGUCCUCCGACCUCUUCAUUCGUGGCUGGAACAGACAGAUAAUAUGUUACUGUGCAGGACUGGGUUACAAGCGAUGCGAAUUUAUUUCGAGGCGGAAGGAACAGAGAAGGAGAAAGAGGCCCGCUUCGUGAUAGGAGUGCUCCCGCAAUUGAUGAAGCCUCUGUUGAAAGACCAGGAAAACGAGGAUUGGGAGACACUGUACUUUUCCCUCCAGCUCUUUACAAGGCUGUGUCGGAGCAUGUCUUCCAUCGCGCUGUCCAAGGAGUGCGAGGGCAUUUGGGCCGAUAUCCUCGAAUCGCUGUUCUACCCUCAUGCCUGGGUCAAGACGUGUGCUGCAAAUCUGGUUGGCAUGUGGCUUGCGGAUUUGGCCAAGUCAAAUGCCGCACAAGGCUAUGGCUCUCUCCCUCUGGCUGGAGCCGCAGGACUGGAACUUGACAGGGACUCGAUGAUCCAACUCAUCCGCGCCAGUGUGCGCUGCUUGCGUACUCCAGGCGUCAGUGAAGAGCUCGCAGUGCAGACCAUCCGUAAUAUCGUCUUCCUCGGCCGUUGCUGUGCCCAGAACGACCUGCAAUUUUCAAAGGCGGGAGCUGAUGAUACAGCUCAAGAUUCUGACCUGGAUGAAAGUGACAGCGACGAUGAGGAUAAGCAAGAGACUGUCAACGAAGAAGCUGACAGCCUCUCAAAGCCUGCUACGCAGUACAUCUUUGAACAAAUCUCCUCGAUCCUUCGCCGGGAGAUCAUUUCUACUCGUGCGGAGACUCUAAUCCCCAAGACCGCAUCCAUGACUCUGCUCGCAGCUCUGUGUCGCCAUCUAGAGACCGAUCAGAUCCGUCCAUCCCUCCCAGUCAUUCUUCUUCCCCUACUGCAUUUCACCGAUGCAUCGAUCCCCCCGCCGCGAUCGUCAGAUGAAGCUUUCCAGAACGGGUACAAAGCUCUGGUCAGCAACAGCCAUGAGGUGUUAGAUCUCAUCCAGAAGAAACUCGGCACCACCGAAUAUGUGACGCAGAUGACGCUCGUCAACGACGCGAUUAAGGAGCGCCGUGAAGGGAGACGGGUCAAAAGACGCAUCGAGGCGGUUGCCGACCCGGAGAGAUACGGCCGGGACAAGAAGAGGAGGAAUGACAGGAAGCGUGAGAAGAGAAAAGAAAAGGGGAUGGAGCAUCGUGGCAAGAGACGCGGAUGGUAA